AUGAAGUCAUACCUGGAAGAACCCUGCACGCUUUCGUUAGAGCGGCUUAGCGAGCGAGUUGUGGAUGACUUCGGAGUGACGCUGUCCACGUCUACAAUCAGAGUCAAGUUGCCAAACAAACUGAUCGCAGUUAAGCAGGCCUGUCGUGAACCCUCGAUGUGUAACAAUGAAGUUAAUAAAGUAAAGUGCAAACUUUUUGCGGAGAUGUUUAUUAUACACAUCGCGGACGGCGACUACGUUGUGUACUACGACGAAUCCAACAACAAUCUUUUUUGCAUUCGUUUGCAAGGCCGCGCUGUGAAAGGAGAGCAUUGUGUCGUCAAGCGUCCCCCCUUCUCACGGGAAGAACUUGAAAGUUCAGUGUUCAGUAUCGACUGA